AUGGUGGAGUCCAAAGUUGGCAUUGUGACCGGCGCCGCAUCUGGCAUGGGCAGGGCGCUCGCCACGUAUUUUGCUGCGCAGGGCUGGCGCCUCGCCCUCUGGGACGUCAACGCCAAGGUCGGCGAAGAGCUCGCCGCCGAGCUCGGCCCCGACACCUUCUUCGUCCAGUGCGACGUCUCCAGCUACGAGUCCCAGGCCAGCGCUUACCUCCAGGUCUGGAAGAAGUGGGGGCGCAUCGACGCCCUGCUUGCCAACGCCGGCAUCGUCGAGCGCUCCUCCCUCUUCAUCUUCAAGCACCGAGGCAACAAGGUCGAGGAGGUGCCCCCGGCUCCCAAUUUGGCCUGCACCGACAUCGACUACAAGGGUGUCCUCUACGGUGUCCAGCUCGCCAUCCACUACAUGCGCCACAACCGCGACAAGCCCGGCGGCAAGAUUGUCGUGACGGCGUCCAACGCCGGCAUCCAUCCCCAUCCCUCGUACCCCGAGUACAACGGCGCCAAGGCCGCCGUCGUCCAGUUUGUUCGCGGCGCCGCCGAGGUGCUGAAGAUCAAGGAGAACAUUCUCAUCAACUGCGUCUGCCCCGGCAUCGUGCGCACAAACAUUAUCCCGCCCGAGAUGGUUGCUGCUGUGAGCGCCGGGUCACUGACGCCGCUCGACACGAUUACGCAGGCGUACGCAGGCUGCCUGGCGGACGGAGACACGCGCAGCGGCGUCAUCCUCGAGUGCAGCGGCACGCAGAUCAGCGACAUUGACUACUCGCGCCUGACGUUCAAGAACAGUGUGCCGAGCGUCCGUUCCAUCACCGUGUGGGAUCCGCUGUUUAAGCAGAUCCACGGCGAGGCGAGUGAGUUGCCAUCAGCAAUUCCGUAG